UUCCUUUUCGGGAGUCCCCGGCACACAUCCUGUGUCCAUGUUUGGGCAUUUACGUCACGGCGGCAGGGCCGGGGCCUCCCGAAAUGGCAGUGGCCCGGGGAGUCGGAAGCCCGGAGCCAGCGCGGCCGCUGCUAUAUAAGUGGGGGGGGCCGCGGAUCGGGGGAGCCCGGCUGCGCUUUGGAGAGGCGAGGAGCCGCCGCCCGAGGCGGGUCCCGGCGAGCAAGGGAGCCUCGACCCCGGGACCUCUUUCCCAGAGGUGAGCGCCUGGAGCCAGGAGCCCGGCCGCCUGGGUCUGUGAGGCGCAGGGCACCCCAACUACUGGCCUCCCCGUCACCCGCGCGCCAAGCCCAGCGGGCGAGGCCCCCGGCGCCCCGCAGCCGCUGCCGCGCCAUGCUCCACCUUAGCGAGUUUUCCGGCCCCGACGCGCUCCUGGUCAAGUCCACCGAGGGCUGUUGCGCGGAACCCAGUACCGACUUGUCCCGGUUGCCCGGCAGAGACGCGCCGGCGGCAGCCGGCUACCCCGGAGGCAGUGACUUCUUGAGCUGGGCUUUGAGCAGCUGCGGCGCCGGGGGGGACUUAGCCGAUUCCUGCUUCCUGGAGGGGCCUGCACCCACGCCCCCUCCUGGCCUCAGCUACAGCGGUAGCUUCUUCAUCCAAGCAGUACCCGAACACCCGCACGACCCGGAGGCACUCUUCAACCUCAUGUCGGGCAUCCUAGGUCUGGCACCUUUCCCCGGCCCUGAGGCGGCAGCAUCUCGGUCUCCGCUGGACGCCUCUUUUCCCGCAGGCCCCGACGCCUUGCUCCCGGGUCCAGCGGACCUUUACUCCCCGGAUCUGGGCGCUGCCACCUUCCCAGAGGCGUUCUGGGAGGUCUCUCCCUCAGCAGGCGCCCCCUCACAGUGCCUGUAUGAGCCUCAGCUCUCCCCACCCGACGUCAAGCCAGGCCUUCGGGCGCCUCCGGCCUCUCCAGCGCUGGACACUGCCUCGGCCUUCAAAGGCCCCUAUGCUCCCUGGGAGCUACUUUCAGCUGGAGCCCCAGGGAGCUGUGGGUCACAAGGAGGUUACCAGGCGGCCCCCGACGCCCGCUUCCCCUCGAUGGGGGCCAAGAUUGAAGACCUGCUAUCGAUCAGCUGCCCGGCGGAGCUGCCAGCUGGCCCCGCCAACAGACUCUACCCCACGGGGGCUUACGACGCUUUCCCGCUGGCCCCGGGUGACUUAGGGGAGGUGGCCGAAGGCCUCCCAGGUCUCCUGACCCCUCCUAGCGGGGAGGGAGGGAGUAGCGGUGACAGUGGAGAGUUUCUGACCGCUACUCAGCCUCAGGUUUCCCCCCUAGGCCUCCGCAGCGCCGCGGCGGACUUCCCGAAACCUCUGGUGGCAGACAUCCCCGGGAGCAGUGGGGUGCCUGAGCCUCCUGGGCCACCGCCGUCGGUCCCAUUCCCCCCUACCAAGGCGCGGCGUAAGGGGCGCAGGGGCGGCAAGUGCAGCGCGCGCUGCUUCUGCCCGCGGCCGCAUGCCAAGGCCUUUGCUUGCCCAGUGGAGAGCUGUGUGCGCAGCUUUGCGCGCUCCGACGAGCUCAACCGCCACCUGCGCAUCCACACGGGCCACAAGCCCUUCCAGUGCCGCAUCUGCCUACGCAACUUCAGCAGAAGCGACCACCUUACCACACACGUGCGCACUCACACGGGUGAGAAGCCUUUCGCCUGCGACGUGUGCGGCCGCCGCUUCGCGCGCAGUGAUGAGAAGAAACGGCACAGCAAGGUGCACCUCAAGCAGAAGGCGCGCGCCGAGGAACGGCUCAAGGGCCUUGGCUUUUACUCUUUGGGCCUCUCUUUCGCCGCCCUGUGAGGGAGAAAUGGGUUUGUAGAUUGGGGCGCCGCCUCCUGGCACGAAAGAGGCGACCUGGUCUGCCCCCCUCCCCUCUCCUCUUUCCGGCACGUCCCGGGGCCGGCCUCUGGUCCCCCUUCCAGUUCCCUUGAAGCGCCAGUCGUUCACGCCUCGUUCAGCACCAGCUCUGUGGACAGCUCCCGCGGUCCGGGCUCCAACUCCCGCGUUAGCCGCGCUAUGAGGGAAGCCCUCUCGUGCACUGAGCGGGCACUUCCUUGGGACUUAAGACCGUGUUUUGUAACUGGCUUGGCGCACGCCCCACGCCCCCUAUUAGACACCCCCCCACCAGAGGCAGGCUGGGGCAGCGCCGAGCCGGUCUCGCGCGGGAUUUUGUACAGCAAUGUCGUUUCCAUCAGCCAUUGGAUGUAACGUUUUGCUUUGGGGUUAUUUCCUUUUGUUGUUGUUAAUUUUUGUAAAGCAGACGCUACUCUCGAGCAGUUGACAAAACUGUUUAUUUUUGCAAUUAAAAUUAUUGUGCUAAAAGCUUACUGAAUCUGCCAUCCAAGCUUCUGACCCAUUCCCCAACCACUCCCCCAGGAGAAUAUGUGCCAGAAGAGGAGGGAGAUAUGACGCCAAUGGAAUCAUUAUGCAGCUUCUGUCAGGCACUGUGGAACACAGUAGGCAUUCAAUAAAUAUGUACUGAAUUAACAGAUGGAUUUAAUUACAACUGACCUAAGGGCUCAAGGUGUUUCUGAAACUUGAGAGUGAUUGAGAGGCUUAGGUGUUAAACAUUGAUCAUAUAUUAUCCUUAAUCCUCACAAUCCUGAAAUUCCAUUUCAAAGAUGAGGCAGGAAAGUAGGUAACUUUCUGGGUAACCCAGCUAGGAACAAACAAGGUCAA